CAAGGACGGACGUGCCGUCGUCAUGGCCGACUCGGUGAAGGUGAACUUGCAAGCUCCAGAAGCAACGACAUAUGGCGCCACUACGGUGUCCUCCAAGUCGCUGGAUGGAGGCUCGUGGGCCCGACGAGCGGGAACGCUGCACGUCGUCGACAUUCGCAAGUGGCACUACGCGUAUAUGGCCAUCUUGUUUGUCGACUUCAUCGCACAAAUGGCGUUCUUGUCGUUCGUGUCCGAGGAACUUGGCCACUUCGAGUUCUACUUGCGCCUCACAUGGGCCAUCUCGGCUUCGUGCAUGGUGUUGUACGUGUUGGACAUGGGGUUGCGCCUGUUGUCGCUGCGUGGCGCCGUGUUGCAGUCGUUCGCUGCGAUCUUGGACUUUGUCGUGGUCGUGGCACUCCUUGUGUGUCUCUACUUUCGGUACUAUAGACUCCACGGCGUGUUCUGGUGGACCAUGGCGUCGUUCAUCCUCACGGCGCUGCACAUCGUGGUCAAGCCGAAAACGCGCGUGUUUUCUAAAAAAUUCCACAAAUUUCGCGCCGGGUUUGAGAAAAUUCACAUUUCCGUCGGUAGCGUCCGCGCCAGCUUGUACAAAAUCCCAGGCAUGGCCGUCGAUGACAUCCUCACGUUGGAGCGCAAACUGACUCAGAUCGCCGGCAAUGCGGACGGCGACAUAUCCCGCCCCAAACUCAUGACAUUCCUCGAACUCGCGCUCGUGUACCGCCCCAAGGAGUGCUCUGUGUCCGAGUUCCUGAGCUACCUGCGCGACCUGGACGCGUCCACGUACUCGUACGGCGCCGUGGACGUGGUGACGUCCACAUUACGCCACUGGUCGGGCCAAACAUGCGACUUGCUCAUGGUCGUGGUGGUCGUGUGCGUGAAUGCCUCUAUCAAUCCUGUGCAAGCGCUGCUUCUCAACUUGUUGGCUGAUCAAGCGUUCCUUCCCAGCUCGAAAAUGGACCAAGACACGGCGUUGGUGUACGGUGUCGCAGGGCUCUUGGCGCUGUGCAUUCCGUUUGCACUGGGCGACGCGAUGAUUGGGUACUUUCAGUCGAAAAUGAUUUCGAAAGCGACGGCGCAGCUGCAGGGCGACGUGCUGCACACAAUCUUGAGCCAACCCACAUCGUUUUUCGCCACGCGGUCAGAUGGGGACUUGAACAACUUGUUCGGGUCUGACUUGGCCCGAGUGAAUGGCCUGUGGCAAGCUGUGUUCUGGAACCUCAUCAACCCCCUCGUGUCCAUCCUCUUUGGCUUUGGCUACCUCCUCUACGCCCAGCCUCCUCUGGGGCUCCUCGCGUUUGCAUUUGCGUUCGUCCUCGUUACGUCGGGGCCCCAAGGGUAUGCGGCCAAGCAGUCUAAAGCAUUUGGGUCUCAGAAUGCAUAUGUUGCAUCGGACUUUGCCAAUGCGAUCGCGUGCCAAAAGGUCGUGCGGGCGUAUGCGUUGCAGCCAACACUGCUCAGCAAGUUCCGCAGUGUUGUGGAUACGCUGAAGAGCGCGCAGUUCCGCAAGGACUUUUGGUCUGGCAUUGUGCAGAUUUACGUCGAGUCGGCCAUGUACGUGUUUGUGGCUGUGAUGACCGCGUCGCUCGCGAUUCAAGUGCGCCAGGGCAAACUCACUUCGGGACAGUUUUUUGCGUUUGUGACCAUGUUGGCCCGCGUAUCGUCCCCCGUGACGAUCUUGGGCGGAUUCAUGCGUGUGGCGAUCGGCAACGCGUCCAGCUUACAGCGCCUGGACUUGCUCUUGGCGCUGCUGCCGUCGUCCACGUCGUCGUCGUCGUCGCUCGGGACGGCGAUGCCCCCCAUGGAAACGUCUGUGAGCUUUGAAAACCUCACGUUCCAGUACAAGAAGGGCGGUGCAAAUGUGUUGAACCAACUGAAUGCCACCAUUCCAAAGGGCGCGUACACGUGCCUCGUGGGUCCCAGCGGUUGCGGCAAAAGUUCGCUCUUGAGUUGCUUGAUGCAGUUCAAUAACAUCACGUCGGGCACCAUUGCCAUCGAUAACGUCGACAUUCAAGCGUACUCCAAGGAAAGUGUCAUGGCCCAGAUUGCAGUGGUAUUUCAAGACGGAGGCAUUCUCAACGGCUCUGUCCUCGACAACAUUCGCUACGGCAACGAGAACGCAUCCACGGACGAGUGCAUUGAAGCCGCCAAGUGGGCCGAAGCCGACAAGUUUGUGGCCAAGCUGCCCCAGGGGUACGCCACCAUCAUGGGUCAGCACGCCACGUGCAACAUGAGCGGCGGCCAAGUGCAGCGCAUUUGCUUGGCCCGUGCCCUCGUGCGCAAGCCCAGCUUGCUCUUGCUUGACGAAGCCACGAGUGCAUUGGACCCAGAGACCGAAGCGUCGAUUGUGCGCACGUUGGAGACGUUGGCGCGGAACUUUCACAUGACGAUUCUGUCGGUUACGCAUCGGCUGUCGACGGCGCGCAAUGCCGAUUUGAUUUUGGUGCUAGACAAGGGCGCGGUCGCGGAAAUUGGCACGUACGACAGCCUAGUGGACUCCCCCGACAGUUUGUUUUCCGAGAUGGUAUCUCAAUCGACGUCGUCGGACCAAAAGCUGCCGGCGACUUCUUCCCGUGGCGCCAAGCUUGUCGGAGCCGAAGCCAGCAAACACGCGGCGGAAUUGGAAACGUUCCAGCGCCACCUCGAUAAGCAAGCCAAAGUCCAAGGCACGAUCUUGACGACGUUUCAGCACAGCACUGCAGGCUCCAAGCGUGCCGUCGUCGCACACGACGAUGAGCCGUUGCUCCAGGACGACCAAGGCAACUCCACUACGCACGCCGUGUUAUAAAUUGUGGGUAUAUCGUGUUGUAACUGUGGAAAUCGUUUCAUUUGCUUGUUGCUGGUCGUCAAAAUGCAAUCUCGACGUCGUCGUCCAAGGAACUUCCUUGGAAGUGGGCAACUGCCGAAACUGGUUCACGGCUUUUCAAUUGAACAACCAACCGAUAGACUGUGAUACCCA